AUGGCUGUGGCUGAGUCAGGAGCUAUGCACAGGCGGAGAGACCCUCCUCAAUCAGUUUGCAGGUCAAAGGUGGCCCACAUACACCUUCAGACCAGGCAAUCCGCUCCAGCACAGUGGAUGGUCUGGCUGGACCUCUACCCACUGCAUGGCACCACCUUCACAGCUGCCUUCGGCUGCUGGGGCACCACAGACGAGGACUGUCUUCAGAAGCAGUACGGGAGUUGCAAAGAAAUCAAGAAUUCUUGUGCAAAGGCUUCAGAUAGACUGUAUAACCUGACAAGUGAAGAUGGUGAGAUCUACCAGACCUUCUGCGACAUGUCCACCAACGGAGGCGGCUGGACGCUGGUGGCCAGUGUCCAUGAAAACAACAUCUUUGGGAAAUGCACCGUUGGCGAUCGCUGGUCCAGCCAGCAAGGCAACAAUCCCAACUACCGCUACGGAGAUGGAAACUGGGCCAACAACAACACCUUUGGAUCCGCCAUAGCAGCCACGAGCGAUGACUACAAGAACCCAGGCUACUAUGCUCUUAGAGCCCAAGAUAUCUCCAUAUGGCAUGUUCCCAACAACACCCCAAUGAAGAAAUGGCGGGACGUUUCCUUCUUGAGAUACCACACCGAGACACGCUUCUUGUCUGACCUAGGGGGUAACCUUCUCCGGCUCUAUGAGAGAUACCCGGUGAAAUAUGAUGGUGGUAGCUGUCCAAAUGAUAACGGCCCAGCUAUCCCUAUUGUUUAUGAUGUUGGUGAUGCCCAGAAGACUUCAGAAUUGUACUCUCCCCAUGGACGGACUGAAUUUGUCCCUGGCUUCGUUCAGUUCCGGGUGUUUAAUAAUGAAAAGGCAGCGUUGGCUCUCUGCUCUGGCAUUAAACUCACCAGGUGCAACUCAGAACAUCACUGCAUUGGAGGAGGGGGCUUUUUCGCUGAAGGAAACCCCCGUCAAUGUGGUGAUUUUGCCAGCUUUGACUGGGACGGCUACGGGACUCACCGCGGAUGGAGCACUUCACAAACCAUCGUGGAUGCGGCCGUGCUGAUCUUCUACCGCUGAGUCAGCAGCCGAAUCAGAAUCCGGAGAUGGAGGUGCCUGUCCCGGAGCAGAAAAAAUUAUGAUUUAAACACACAAUCUGACAACGCUUUGCAACAAAAACAAAAGCAGAACAUUAA